AUGCCAGAAAUAGCGGAGCGAAAGGCUUCCAUGGACGCCGAGGUGGCGGUUUCUCACAACGAGCAGCAGGAGCUUUCGGCAGGAUAUGAGGAUCCUCACAAGGCUGCGCUCGAAGACAAUCCCGAGCACGCUGAACGGCUCAGCCUCUCGGUUAUACUUUCAGCCCUCUUCCUCGGCACAUCCUUCACUGGUCCAAUCAUCUUCGGCUUCAUCCUAGCGACACCUAUCCUUGUGCAACUGAGUCAGAUUCUUGGAGGGGACAAGAUUGACUUCUGGGUGCCCUCAGGCUGGGGUGCUGCUGCCGCAGUCGGAUUCUCUGUCGCUGGUAGGCUUUCAGACAUCUUUGGCCGCCGAUAUGUCAUCCUGGUCGGACAGCUGCUCACGGUCGUGGGUGCGGCCAUUGCAGCCAGUGCGCACUCGAUGAACCAGCUCAUCGCCGGGACGGUGAUCCUUGGAGGCUCGAUCGGAACAGUGUCAGUGGCAUAUGCAGGUCUAUCUGAGAUUCUUCCAAACAAGUACCGCGGCGUGGGUCUGGCAUGGACUGAGCUCAACCUGGCAAGCUGGGCCGUCGCAGGGACACUGCUUGCGAAUGCUCUUCUGUCCCAUGCGAGCUGGCGGGUGAUGUACUACAUUGCUAUCGGAUAUGGCGCUUUCUCCUUCAUAGGCACCCUCUUCGUCUACUUCCCACCUAGUCAUCCGCGCCCUGACGGCCUCACCAAAUGGCAAGAGUUCAAGAAUAUAGAUUUUCUUGGGAUCUUCUUGUUUGUCUCCGGCCUGGCCGUCUUCCUGUACGGCCUCAACUCCGGCGGCAAUACCUACCCGUGGAAAAGUGCCGGUACUCUGGCACCUCUGAUCCUGGGAAUCGUUGUCUUCCUGGGGUCUUUCGUGUACGACUUCACAAUUGCCAAGGAUCCACUCUUCCCGUGGUACCUAUUCAAGAAGUUCCGCGAGUUCUCGUCACUGUUGAUGCUGGUUUUCGUGGCGGGCAUGGUCUUCUUUGCAGCUUCUGCGCUCAAUGCCCAGACGAUUCUUUAUUUGUACACAGCCGAUCCCAUCAAGAUUGGUGUCUACUCGAUUCCGUCAGGUGCUGGCCAACUUGUCGGAGGCGUCAUCAUUCCAGGGCUGGUCCACUACAUCAAACACGUGCAUUACCAGUUGACAUUUUCAGUCUUCAUGCAGACAUUGUUCUUUGGGCUCGCAGCCCUCGUCACGCCGCACAACAUCAACUGGGUCAUGGCAGUCCAGUUUCUCGCCAUGCUGCCAUUUGGCUGGAUCACCUUGAAUUGCUACACAACAGCAUCUCUCCACGUUCCCCAGAAGGAUCUCGGGGUAGCCAUUGGGCUAAUCGGCACCUUUCGCUCCUUGGGAGGAGCAGUGGGCUCGGUCAUUUUCUCAUCCAUCUUCACCCAAAUUUCUGCGAAACAGGUUCCGGAGAGGAUCGCGAAUGUGGCAUUAGGUGCAGGGGUGACGACCAAGACCCUUCCGGAAUUGAUCGAAGCAGUCUCUCUGACCAUUGUCGGUGUGCCUGGCCAGGCUGCGACGGUGCCUUCAGUUUCCUCAGCGGUGUUUGAUAAGUGUGUUGCUGCAGCUCGACUCGGCUAUGCAUAUGGCUUCCGUAUAACAUGGCUUGCGUCGAUCCCGUUUGGAGUCAUCGCUAUGCUCUGUGCUGUGGCUGUUCGGGAUCCUUCCAAGUAUUUCACCAACCACGUGGAGAUUCAUCUUGAGAAGGAGAUUGGUGGCGCCAAGCACGUGAAAGAAGCAGAAACAAAGCAAGUAUAG